AGUUUGUUGCUCCCUUUCCUUCUCACGCCAGGCGCUACAGCACCUUUACUGCCAGCCUGACCCCUGCUGGCUGAGCCAGCCGCGGUGGUUUUCAGGGAGCCUCGCAGGAGCCUUUGUCUCUUGCAAGAGAGAAACCGUGGAAGGACCUGCAAAGUGAGCUGUCAGUGACUUUUCUGUGCGGGGAGCAUAAACCUGCCCGGCCAAGCACUCUAAGGUCUUUGGCACGACAAACGACUCAAGUGUGCCCGCCCCGGCGGAAGUCGGGCCGGGACAGCGCAUCUCCGGUGGCCGGUGCGGGCCCCUCCCGUCUCUCCGCACGGGCUGUCCCUUCCGGGCGCCCGUAGUGGGGCGGUGCCGCAUGCUGAGGCCGCCUUGCGAAGUCGGUGUGUGGGCGGGGCGCGUCGCACCGGGGCGAAGCCAGCGGCCAUGGCGGCGGGCAGCGCCAUCCAGAUCCCUAGUCGCCUCCCGCUACUGCUCACCCAUGAGGGCGUUCUGCUGCCCGGCUCGACCAUGCGGACCAGUGUAGACUCGCCGCGCAAUAUGCAGCUGGUGCGCAGCCGGCUCCUGAAAGGCACGUCGCUGAGAAGCACUAUCAUCGGCGUCAUUCCCAACACCAGCGACCCCACCUCUGACUGCGACGACCUGCCCUCCCUGCACAGGAUUGGCACUGCUGCCUUGGCAGUUCAAGUGGUGGGUAGCAACUGGCCCAAGCCACAUUAUACGUUAUUGGUUACGGGCCUCUGCCGAUUCCAGAUCCUGCAGUUGCUGAAAGAGAAGCCGUAUCCUGUUGCUGAGGUUGAACAGUUAGAUCGACUUGAGCAGUUUACUAAUCAGCAUAAAUCUGAGGAGGAACUUGGAGAGUUGUCAGAACAGUUCUACAAGUAUGCAGUGCAGUUGGUCGAGAUGCUGGACAUGUCUGUUCCUGCAGUUGCAAAGCUGAGACGUCUCUUGGACAAUCUACCUAGAGAAGCUUUGCCAGAUAUACUGACUUCUAUCAUCCGUACGUCCAACCAAGAGAAGCUUCAGAUUUUAGAUGCUGUCAGGCUGGAAGAACGGUUCAAGAUGACAAUCCCAUUGCUUGUUAGACAGAUUGAAGGCCUGAAACUGCUUCAGAAAACAAGAAAACCCAAACAGGAUGAUGAUAAAAGGAUUGUAGCUAUUCGUCCUAAUAGAAGAAUCAAUCACAUUCCAAGCACUACAGAAGAUGAGGAGGAAGAAGAUCACGAUGAUGUUGUAAUGCUGGAAAAAAAGAUUAGAUCAUCAAGCAUGUCUGAACAAGCUCUUAAACUUUGUCUUAAGGAAAUAAAGAGGUUAAAGAAGAUGCCUCAGUCAAUGCCAGAAUAUGCUUUGACGAGAAAUUACUUGGAGCUGAUGGUAGAAUUGCCAUGGAACAAGAGUACAAAAGAUCGUCUUGAAAUUCGUGCAGCUCGAAUUCUUUUGGAUAAUGAUCAUUAUGCCAUGGAGAAGCUGAAGAAGAGAGUUUUGGAGUACUUAGCUGUCCGACAACUUAAAAACAACCUCAAGGGACCCAUUCUUUGCUUUGUGGGGCCCCCAGGUGUUGGUAAAACUAGUGUUGGAAGAUCAAUUGCAAAGACUUUGGGUCGAGAAUUCCACAGAAUUGCUUUAGGAGGAGUCUGUGAUCAGUCUGAUAUUCGAGGCCACAGGCGCACGUAUGUUGGCAGUAUGCCUGGCAGAAUAAUCAAUGGACUGAAGACUGUUGGGGUUAACAAUCCAGUAUUCCUGUUAGAUGAGGUUGAUAAACUGGGAAAGAGCUUGCAGGGAGAUCCUGCAGCAGCCUUGCUUGAGGUCUUGGAUCCAGAACAAAAUCACAGUUUCACCGAUCACUACUUAAAUGUAGCUUUUGAUCUGUCCCAAGUCCUUUUUAUAGCUACGGCCAACACUACAGCUACUAUCCCACCUGCUCUGCUGGACAGAAUGGAAAUUAUUCAAGUUCCAGGAUACACACAGGAAGAAAAGAUUGAAAUUGCACAUAGACACCUCAUUCCUAAACAACUUGAACAGCAUGGCCUGACUCCACAGCAAAUACAGAUUCCACAGGUAACCACUUUGGACAUAAUUACCAGAUACACUAGAGAGGCAGGAGUGCGCUCUCUGGAUCGGAAGCUGGGAGCUAUUUGCAGAGCAGUGGCAGUGAAAGUGGCAGAAGGACAGCACAAAGAAACAAAGCCAGAUCGUGCUGAAGCGGGUGAUGGAGAAGAUUGUAAAGAGCAUGUCACAGAAGAUGCAAAACCAGAAUCCAUCAGUGAUGCAGCUGACUUAGCUCUGCCACCUGAGAUGCCAAUUUUAAUUGAUUUCCAUGCCUUGAAAGAUAUCUUGGGGCCACCCAUGUAUGAAACAGAGGUAUCUGAACGCUUAAGUCAGCCAGGAGUAGCCAUAGGUCUGGCCUGGACUCCCUUAGGGGGAGAGAUCAUGUUUGUAGAAGCCAGUCGCAUGGAUGGAGAAGGCCAGCUCACAUUGACUGGUCAGCUUGGAGAUGUUAUGAAGGAGUCAGCACACCUUGCAAUUAGCUGGUUGCGCAGCAACGCAAAGCGAUACCAGCUGACCAACGCUUCUGGAAGUUUUGAUCUCCUUGACAACACUGACAUCCAUCUGCACUUCCCAGCUGGAGCUGUCACAAAAGAUGGACCAUCUGCUGGUGUUACCAUAGUAACCUGUCUUGCUUCACUCUUCAGUGGGCGGCUGGUGUGUUCAGAUGUAGCCAUGACAGGAGAAAUUACACUACGCGGCCUUGUUCUUCCCGUUGGUGGAAUUAAAGACAAAGUCCUGGCAGCACACCGAGCUGGGCUGAAGAGAGUUAUCAUUCCUCAAAGAAAUGAAAAAGAUCUUGAAGAAAUCGCAGUGAACAUACGGCAAGAUUUGACUUUUGUCAUGGCAAGCUGUCUAGAUGAAGUUCUUAAUGCAGCUUUUGAUGGAGGAUUUGCAGUUAAGCCUAGAGUUGAGCAUUUGAACAGCAAACUUUAAGCAGGCAGGCUGAGACCAGUUCUGUAUCAAAUUUAACAAAGCUCAGUAACAAUCAGCUCUGUAUGAAUCAAGUGUAACUAUGAGCUAAACUUGGCUGUUUAAAUGCAAUCAAAUGAGAAAGAUUACUUCAAGAGUUAACAACCUGAAAGCAUCUUUUACUGGAAUUUGCUGCAGUUUACUACCAUCAGCAAAGAAUCUUGAGAAAAACAACCCUAAUUUCCUAAUAGAUUUAAGCUUGAAAGAGCUUUUGAGAAGGAAUUCCUUAGCUUAUCUGGCACAUAUGUAUGUUCAUGCCAGCAAAUGAUUCCAUCUUUGAAGAGGACACCUCUCCCAAAGAGGGACUAACCUGCAACCAAGCUAUAUUCAGAGAGCAGAGACUGCAGCCAAAUGCAGCACAGCAAGAAUCUAAUAGAUGGGCUGGUUGCUGGAAAAAAAAACUGAUUUGGUGCAAGAGUUGAUUUCAGUAGGAAGCAACAUUCAGUAUGCUAAGAGCAUCACAGAAGAAAUUUUGAAAUCUAAAAAAAUACGCUUCAGGGAAUUAAAGAGAAGCAAUAUAGUCUAAAUUAAAUUAGUAAGUCCUUUCAGCACUCACUUGCAGUUUGUAGCAAGGUCAACACAGGCAUAAUUUUCCAAACCUAACUACAGGCAGCAAUUCCAGCUCCAGAAGAACCAAAAUGCACCAAUUCUUGUGCAGGGAGGAAGACCAUGCACUAAAGUUGACAUAUGCACAGUUGUACCUACAACACCAGAAGGAGGUGGAGCCCAUUUUAUGCAAAAGCCUGGUACUGCUUUGGAGGGACAAAGCACAUGUCCUUUUCUUACCUGACACAAAUCAACUUGAUUCUGGAAUGCCUACAUGUGGAGUUUAGGCUAUAAAAAUGAAAUCCAUUCAAACAAUGUCAAGAAACUACUGGAUCAUUAAACUGCAAUAGGUACUGCAUACUGCAGGUAAUUUAUGAUAUCCCAUCUCAGUUGAUAGCUUUGUCUCAUCUUCCCUUGAAUGCUGGUGAAGAUUGAAAUUUAAACUUUCAUAAUGUCAGGUCCUUGAGUUUUUUUUCAGUGUUCUAUGCCAAGGUCAACCACAAUAGAAAACAGUAUGUGACAUUCUCUCCUUGCUUAUUCAGAAACAAACUCAAGUGUGCUUAUGAAAUGCAAGUUGUAUUGGUGACAAGAGCCUAUUAUAGUAGCAGCUUAUAAACCAAAUGUAGUAGUUUGGUUUGCUGUCAUUUCUGUAGCUAAAAAGCUGAUUUACCUGAAACAUAAUAGCACUGAUAGUAGUAAAUUCAGUGGGUAUUUCUGCACUUGAUUUACAAAAGAUUUUACAACUUUGGCAGAAGACUUAAUCUAAUAAAAUUAUAAAAAGACA